AUGUUCGGCAUUCCGAGGUACUUUGGCUGGAGAGGCCGGUCUCUCAACUUGGCCAUCAGUUCUCUGGGAAGUCUUGAUUUCUUGCUUUUUGGCUAUGAUCAAGGUAUCACGGGUGGUCUACUAGACUUGCCCUCCUUCACCAAAUACUUCCCCGAGAUCAAUCCCCUAGACCCAAGCAUCCAGGAUGAGAUGCACAGGUCCAUCAAAUCGCAGCGCGCUCUGAACCAAGGCAUUGCAGUCGCAUCGUACAACCUGGGAUGUUUCAUAGGCGCAGUCGCGACUAUCUUCAUCGGUAAUCCGCUCGGUCGACGACGCACCAUUUUCUGUGGCUGUGUGAUCAUGACUACUGGCGCUCUACUGCAAUGCACCGCUUAUUCUCUACCUCACUUCAUUAUCGGCCGAAUUGUCACAGGUGUUGGCAACGGCAUGAAUACAAGUACCGUACCGACAUGGCAAUCCGAAUCAGCAAAGGCCCACGAUCGAGGAAAGAUGGUGAUGAUAGAGGGUAUGCUGAUCACGGGAGGUAUCACGCUGAGCUACUGGAUUAACUAUGGCAUGUCGUUCAUCGGAGAAAAAGAGGUUGCCUGGCGCUUCCCUCUAGCCUUCCAGAUUGUCUUCGCUGUCAUUAUCUUCUGCUCGAUUCUCAACCUGCCCGAGUCCCCCAGAUGGCUUGUCAUGCAAGGCCGUAACGAGGAGGCUUUGGAUAUUCUCGAGUGUCUGAAUGAGAAAUCUCGGGAUGACCCUUAUAUCAAGAACGAGCUCCUCUCCAUCCAGGAAACUGUCACUGAGAUGAACAAGGGCAGUUAUAAGAGUCUGUUCAAGAUGAGCGAGUAUCGAGAAUUCCAUCGCGUGGCACUUGCCUACGUCAACCAGAUGUUCCAGCAGAUUUCCGGAAUCAACCUCAUCACCUACUAUGCACCUCAACUGUACGCUCAGAUUGGUCUUGCAAAGGGCAACCUUCCAAAGUUGCUAGCCGCUUGCAACGGCACGGAGUAUCUGAUGGCUGCAUUCAUUCCUAUUUACAUCAUUGAGAAAGUUGGACGUCGCCCACUGAUGCUGUUCGGCGCCGCCGGCAUGUCAAUUUCAAUGGCUAUCCUAGCCGGUACCAACUACCGCUUGGUCUAUCUAAAGGAUAGCCAAGCCGGUAUCGGCCAAGCUGUCUUCCUUUUCGUCUUCAACACCUUCUUCGCCAUCGGCUGGCUCGGAAUGACCUGGUUGUACCCCGCCGAAAUCGUGCCGCUUCGAAUCCGUGCUCCGACAAACGCAUUGGCCACCAGCGCCAACUGGAUCUUCAACUUCAUGGUCGUGAUGAUUACCCCUGUUGCAUUCGACAGUAUCGGAUACAAGACCUAUAUCAUCUUCGCUGUCAUUAACGCAUUCAUGUUCCCAUGUGUAUACUUCUUCUUCCCUGAGACUCGCUACCGCUCCCUGGAAGAGAUGGACGCCAUCUUCAAGAAGUCCACUAACGUCUUCGAUGCUGUUACCCUCUCUAUCAAGACGCCAUACCGCUAUGAUAAGCAUGGCGAGCUCAAGCCCGAGUACCUUGAGGAUGCUGUCCGUCGUACGAGUGUGCACAACGCGAACACAAAGUUCGAUAGCGAUGAGAGUGAGGUUAAGGGUUGA